CCUCCUGUCUCAGCCUCCUAAAUGCUGAGAUUAUUACAGGCCUCCACCACCACUCCCAACAGUUUUUUUAUUUUUUUCUCACUGAGUUGCUAAAUUGACCAAGGUGAGCUAGAAUUUGCAGUCCUCUGGCAUCAGCCUUCCAGAGUGCUGGGAUUAUAGGUGUGUGUCACCAUCCUGUUUUAUCUGUGAUUUUGAGCCGCAUGUGAGCCAGCCUGACACUUUCCUUUUCCCUCUGACAGCCAGAAGGGGGAGUGCUUUGAUUGACCCCCACAAUUUGGCUAUGGCUCUCCUGAAAGCCUGCAGUGACCUGGGAAGAUGCCUGCCUUGGCCACCGAGCUUUGAAUUUGGACCAAUCAGCAAGCUCAAAUUUGGAUCAAUCACAGGCCUAUGUUAGUAGCUCUCCCAUCACACUUCCCUUGUCCAGAUGUUGCUGGACUGCAGUGCAGGCCCGUCUAAAUAAAGCCUUGCUCCUUGGUUCUGUAAAUCUGAAGGGGCUGGCCCUGAAGAGUUCUAGAGACCAGAGGGAUAUCAGUCAUUGAUUGGCAGUUGAUGGGCAUCAUGGAGAUCAGCGGAAACUGUUAAGAGUUCCCAGUAGCCGCCAAGGAUUAACCCUGACUGCUGAGGACCUGAUGGGGUGGCUUAGAGUCUUGGCUCCAUAGCACUGUGGCCUGCCUUGGAGUCCCCAGGGCUGUCACACCAAGGAGGGCCACUGGCACUCAAGGCCUCUGGAGCUACUAGCAGAACUGCCCUUCAUAGAUUUUCGAUUUCCAUCCGAAUUGAGCAAAAGAGCCCCUAACUGAUUGGCAACACUCACUCCUCCCGCAGUAGGCUAGACUGAACUUCCAUAUGUGAUAAAGGUCAUUCUAUGAGAGUGAGGGUUUCCAGAACGUGUCUACCAUCACUUCCGUCAUAUUUCUUUAUUCCAGGCAAAUCGCAAAGCCAGCCUAAGUCACAGAAGUGAACAGAGGCCCCACCUCAUAAUGAAGAGUAGCAAGGACUUUGUGGCCAUGUUUAAUCCACCACAAUCUACUAAAUAGCUGGAUCAUGACAGCUAGGAACAUCUUUAGAUGAGUGUGUGUGCAGGAAGCAGGAUGAGUGUGAUUUCCACAUGGCUCCUCUGGGCUGAGGUUCCCAUAUCAAGCUCUGCAUUAGACUCUUGGUCCCCAGGGGCAGCUUUGAGCGGACAGUCUACUGUGCCCGAGUGGCUUCACCUCUCUGAGCCUCAGUUCUUCCUCUGUAAAACAGGCACAGUCAUCAUUACCUUGCAGGUUCGCUGUGAGACUGAAGAUAAGAUCACCAUGAAUGCGGUUUGUAAAUUAUGGAGUGCCAUCUACAUGUGGUGGAACAUUAGUAGCUGAGAUGGAAAUAGUCAACAUGGGCCUGGGUCAUCAGAGAAGGAGGAGGGAGGAGACUGAGCCAGAGUGUUGAAAGAUGGAGACAUUCACAUUGGUUGGGAGGAAGGUCUGUAUUUCAAGACAGGAAGCUGGGGAAUAAAAUUGUAAAGGUACAGAGAUAGAACAGUGGCAUAUUACCUAAGACAGGGAGGAGAGUGUCUUGGCCAGAGGCUGAGGCCCCCAUUACCCUGGACUCUGCGUCUCUGGGGUCCCAGGCAGAGGGUCAGCAGCCCUUAUGGUCUCAGAGCGGCAGCCCUGGGCUCCAGUCUCCAAAGCUCAUCAAUCAGCUGACUGUCCCCAUCCAGGCCUGCAAAGCCUCCUUGGGCCACUCCUGGAGGAGGCAGUCUGGAUAGAUUAGAGACACUGCCCUGUCUUUUUAGCCAUUAGAACCAGGUCAGAGCCCUCCAACCAUUCCCAACCUCCUUUCCUGACAGCAGGGUGGGGACCCCUGGCUAUAGUUUGAGUCACAAGUGGCCUGGCUAAACUAGGCUCCAAGUCUGUCCAUCCCCUAGGCAGGGGUGGGGGUGAUUGAUGAAUUUCCAGUGUGUUCCAGACAGGGACUUGGAACCGCUUCAGAAUGGCCUGGCUUGCAGGAGCCCCAGGUGGCGACUCGGGACUGAGGCUCACCCAUCCAGGCCAGGCCCUGGACAGUCCAGGCCUAUGGCCACCUCCCAAGUUCUCUCUGUCCUGGGGACAGACAGCAAGGGGACCAUUGUGGCUCAGCAGCAGCCUCUUCAAAGGAGUUCUGGGAGAGCAGUUUGGGGUAGGCUGAGGUUCCUGGAGUCUAGCCCUUUGCUGUUCAUAGUUCGGUUCGCCUUAUGAGCAGAAAAAGACCUGAUGGGAGUAUGGAGGCAACAAGGAUAUGAGCUAGGGGAACACAAAAGCCAGGACUGGAAUUAGAACCCAGAGAUUCUAGCUCAGAGUUCCCUCACCUGUGCCAACCACAGCGAAACUCACUGGCCCCUUGGGUGAACCUCUGAGUGCUAGGGCAAGCAAGGAGACCCAGACAGGAAUCCUGGCCUAAAGAGCUUUACUUUGGCAAAUUCUCAUCUCCAAUGGUAUCCUGCCUCCUACUAUAGAAAGAGAGGAAAGGGCUGGGGACACCGAGGUCCAGGGUGACUUGGAUUGCUUCUGGUCCAAGGUGGCACAUCAGAAUCAAUGACAGAGCCAGGACUGGGCUUCUGACUUCCAAGUUCCUGUUUAUCUCCUGCCCUUUGUUCUGGCGAUUGUGCCUCAGCCUGUCUCUGUGUCUGUCCUCAUAGUACUAGUGCUCACGUGAGACUGACUCAGGACAGACAUCUGCUGUCAAAGUUAUGGCAGAAGCUGCUUCAUGGCUUGGCUGUGACAGUUUGGAUGAGGAUGAGGCAGGCUACAGGGCCUAUGGCCAAGGGCUGGAGGCUGGAAGGGAGACCAGGCUCCAGGAGAGAAAGCAAAUCAGACAGCUAAGGCACUGCUGCUGCUCAGCAUCCUUUCUCCAAUCGUGCUCUCUUCCCCAACAGUGCCUGUCCAGGGCAGUGUUCAGAGAAAACAGAGCUCCUAAGCCCUUGCUAACCCACAGGGAAGAGCACAGACAGAAAAAGACAGGGGCCGGGGAUUUAGCUCAGUGGUGCUGCUGCCUGCCUUGCAAGGGCAAGACCCUGAGUUCGAUCCCUGGUACCAAAAAAAAGAAAGAAAAAGGCAGACAUAAGCAGGUGUUGGCCCAUGUACACGGCUUCCGGUGUGAGGGUUAGCGGCUACGCCAUGGAAUCAUUUUUAUGUGAGGCUCUUUCUUGUGGCUCCCCAGUGCCCAGCCUAGAGCCUGGCAGAAUAAGAGCUCAGCGAGGGUGUGUGGAAAGAGUGACCCAGGUGUGGAAGACCACAGGGCCAGACUUCCUCCUCCAGGCGCUGGCAGGAGGCAGGAAGCCCAGACCGGGUAGGAUGAGACUGCAGCAUGAGGCAGGACUCGGGCAGUACCGGUGUGGUCUCCAGUACGCUCUCUCUUCAUCCUCUGAGAGGCUCUGUCCUUGUGAACGGUAAUUUUCAAAAUGUGGUCCAAGAACCAGUAACUUCAAUAGCACCGGCAGGCUGGACAGAAAUGCACUCUUGGGCACCACUGAAUUGGAAACUCUGGGUGUGGGUCCAGAAAUCUGUGUUUUAACAGCCUUCCAGGCCAUUGGAUGCAGGCUAGAAUAAGAGACACAGUCUGGCUGGUGCUGGAGCCGGAAAGCCCAAAGCACAGGCAGCUGCCUAGGGUGCUUGUCCCGGAAGUGAGAUGCAUAUAUGAGCAUCCGGCAGGUCUCUGAGGGAUCCGAGUGCUGGGCUCUGGGAUCUACACAAGUAUAAGCAGCGCCUGGAUGGAAGCAGGGAGGGGCAACGUCUCGCUAGGUGACAAACUGGGCCCCACAAUUCCUUUGUCCUUUGCGCUCCUUGGGAGGCCAGAGAAGCUGAGCAGUUGUCCAGCUGAGGCAGACACACCCAGUAGAGAGGCCUGUGUGCCGAAGGGAGCUUCGGGUAUGUGCUAAGAGCAGCAGAGUCCUUUCCUGCACGGGUGGGCCAGGGCCAGGGAAUGCCGGGAUCAGCAAGUGGCACUUAGGCAAGAGCACAUCAUCUCUAAAGCCACGAAGUCCUGCUCCGCUGGAGAAUUCCCCUUGGCCCUUUCCCAGGGCUGUUCCUAGUGCCCAGCCCACAGUCUGACCCCUAUUUCUGCCCUGGCCAGGACAGCCCUGGGAAGCUGCCCACCUGGGCCAUCUGCAGGCCCCCAAAGGAUCUGGAUGUGAGAUCCUGGCUUCUGUGAGCUGCAGGGGACGUGGGGAGGGGAGGGAGGCUCAAGCUCAGAUCUGGUUUCACCGCUGCUUCCCAUGGCUGCCUGCCACAGGCUGAGCCACCAGCUGGCCUAUAUAAGGCCUGCGGCUAGACAGCUGCAGUAGUGAGGACUUGGACCCCCAGCGAAGGAGACCUGCUCAGGACGGGUGAGCUCCACUCCCAAGUCCCUCCCUCAUCUUUGUACCCACUGCCUUUCUUAGCUAUUCUCCCCAACCACCCCAUUUCUGGUUUUUUGCUGGCUGACCCCUCAUCUUCCACAGAAGACUCCCAUUUCUGCUCUGAAGUUCUUUCCCCCAAGUGCCCCAGAGUCCUCUCCUUCCCUCAUCUGAGGUCAGAAACCCCACAAAUGGCCCCACUCUGGGUCUCUAUACCUGUGGGUGCCCUGCGUUGUUCCUGGAGCCAGCCGGCAUCCGUGGUCCAAGAGCUUGGAGGUGCGUGGGUUGGGGAGCCUGACCGUCAGACAUGUACUGGGGGACAGCGGGAGGCUGAGAAACCUCCAUGAGCUGCCAGAUGGGAAAUGGUUUUUCCACAAGGUGCCCCAGGCCACCUCAGCUCUCUGACAGCACUGGAACCAGCUCAGGUUGAGUGCUGUGCAGGCCUACAGCCCACUCAGCUCCCACUCAGAGCCCAGGGCUUGGGUUGAGUCCCACACUCACUGGAGAUGUGACCUCCUGGGGACUCUGUUCCUGGACUGAGAGGGGAUGGGAGUUAGGGCUUUUAGGGCUAGAUGGUCUGCAUUGUGGAACUGUUUUUGUUUCUUCCUCUGGGGCAUCCAAGAGUUUCUGGAUCUUUUGUCCAGAAAGGAGAAACUUUUCUUUUCCUACACUCUAGACUUUGGGGACUAAAGGGAACCAUUUUUUGAUUCUGGGUUGGCCAGGGCUCUGAGGAGAGAGAAAAAUGUCCUGCUAAGCAAGAGCCUGGGCCACACAUGCCCUAUGGUUCCUUAACCUGCAUUACCAGGCCUGCUUUCCUCUCCACACCCUGCAGCCCCUACCCCAUGCUCAGCAAGUAUUAGGGAGCCCUGGCUUCUCACACUGUACCCCCUCUGCUUUCCCACAACUGGCUUCUAGCUGUGGAACUCCCAGCCAGGCCCCAAACAAGCAAGCAGAAUGUGUUCCAGCUGCAGCCUGUGCACAUCUGGGAAUGUAUUCCUGGAGGUGGUAGGCCUGAGGCAUCUGUGCCUUCAGCCUGCCUGCCUAGGAGGGGCCACUGUGGUCGAGACAGGCCUGCAUGGCCUCUUCUGCAAGAGUGUGAGCCUCACCAAGGGGCCCCCAAGCCUGGGUCUGGAUGUGAGGCCACUGGGAGUGAGCCCCGGCCCCUGGGUCAGCCUUGUGUGAACUCAGAUCCAGAGCCUCUACCUCUCCCAAGCUGCUCAGUUUUACAACUCAAGCAGCUAUCCCACUUGCAAGACUUCAUUCUGUCCGUCUUUCCAUCCUCAACAGGUCAAGAAAUACCUCUGUAUUCGAGCCAUGAGGGCUGACUCAGAAAUGUGGGGUCUGACAAGCUUUGUUUCUUUGUAGGUCACCGGAUCUGAGAAACCUCCCAGGGAACCACAUUCCGGAACCACAUUCUGGUUCUGUGAAGCCCUCUCACACUCUCCUGCCACGUUCUCACAGGGCUAGGGGGAAGAUGGAGGGGACCAAUGCCUGGCUGUUCUCCUUCCUGGUCUUGCAAGUUGCCUCUGUGUUGGGGAGGCAGACAAUGCUCACCCAGGGAGUGAGAAGAGUCCAGCCUGGGAAGAGGACCCCUGGUGCCUUUGCCAAGCCUGCUGAUGCCCAGGAGAGUCCUGGGGAGUGGACGGCAUGGUUCAACAUUGACCACCCAGGUGGGCAGGGUGACUUUGAGCGGCUGGAUGCCAUUCGCUUCUACUACGGAGACCGCGUGUGUACCCGCCCCCUGCGGCUGGAGGCUCGGACCACUGACUGGAUACCCUCGGGCAGCAGCGGCCAGGUGGUCCACAGCAGUCCCCGGGAGGGCUUCUGGUGCCUCAACCGAGAGCAGCGGCCUGGCAGGAACUGCUCCAACUACACAGUGCGCUUCCUCUGCCGGCCAGGUUCCCUGCGGCGGGACACAGAGCGCAUUUGGGGUCCCUGGUCUCCCUGGAGCAAUUGUUCAGCUCCCUGUGGUGAAAUGGGGGUCCAGACCCGCACGCGCACCUGCCUGGCGGAGACAGUGUCACUGUGCAGUGAGGCCGCUGAAGAGGGCCAGCUCUGUGUGAGCCAGGCUUGUGCAGCCUGUGACCUGGCCUGCCCCAUGGGCCGGGUGAAUGCUGAGUGUGAUGCCUGCAUGUGUGAGGAUUUCAGGCUCCAUGGAGCUGUCUCCCUCCCUGGCGGUGACCCAGCCUCAGGGGCCACCGUCUACCUGCUGACCAAGACGCCGAAGACGCUGACCCAGACGGACAGCAGUGGCAGGUUCCAAGUCCCUGGCUUGUGCCCCGAUGGCAAAAGCAAGCUGAAGAUCACGAAGACCCAGUUUGUCCCCAUUGUGCUCACAAUGCCCAAGACCAAGCUGAAGUCAGCUACCAUCAGUGCAGAGUUCGUGAGGGCAGAGACUCCAUACAUCGUGAUGAACCCCGAGAUCAAGGCGCGGCGAGCCGGGCAGAGCGUGUCCCUGUGCUGCAAGGCCACGGGGAUGCCCAGUCCGGACAAGUAUUUCUGGUAUCACAACAACACACUGCUGGAUCCCUCCCUCUACAAGCUGGAGGGCAAGCUGGUGCUGAGGAAAGUACGGCUGGAGCAGGCCGGAGAGUACUUCUGCAAGGCGCAAAGCGAUUCGGGAGCUGCAAAGUCGCAGGUCGCCCAGCUGACAGUCACAGCCCCCAAUGAGAAUCCCUGCAACCCAACCCCUGAGAGCUACCUUAUCCGGCUGCCCCAUGACUGCUUCCAGAAUGCCACCAACUCCUUCUACUAUGACGUGGGCCGCUGUCCCAUCAAGACCUGUGCAGGGCAGCAGGAUAAUGGGAUCAGGUGCCGGGAUGCCGUGGAGAACUGCUGUGGCAUCUCCAAAACGGAGGAGAAGGAGAUCCAGUGCAGUGGGUACACGCUGCCCACCAAGGUGGCCAAAGAGUGCAGCUGCCAGCGGUGUACAGAGACACGGAGCAUCGUCCGGGGCCGAGUCAGCGCGGCAGACACCGGGGAGCCCAUGCGCUUCGGCCACGUGUACAUGGGGGGUAACCGUGUGAGCAUGACGGGCUACAAGGGCACUUUCACCCUCCAUGUCCCCCAGGACACUGAGAGGCUGGUACUGACCUUCGUGGACAGGCUACAGAAAUUUGUCAACACCACCAAGGUCCUGCCCUUCCACAGGAAGGGGAGUGCGGUGUUCCACGAGAUCAAGAUGCUUCGGCGGAAGGAGCCCGUCACUCUGCACGCCAUGGAGACCAACGUCAUCCCCCUGGGAGAGGUGGCUGGCGAAGACCCCAUGGCUGAACUAGAGAUCCCAUCUGGGAGUUUCUACAGGCAGAAUGGAGAGCCCUACACAGGAAAAGUGAAGGCCAGUGUGACCUUCCUGGAUCCCAGAGAUAUUGCCACGGCCACUGCCACCCAGAGUGACCUGAACUUCAUCAGUGAUGAAGGAGACACCUUCCCCCUGCGGACGUAUGGGAUGUUCUCUGUGGACUUCAGAGAUGAGGCCAGCUUAGAGCCACUGAAUGCUGGCAAGGUCAAGGUCCACCUCGACUCCACCCAGGUCAAAAUGCCGGAACACGUGCCCGCGAUGAAACUCUGGUCACUCAACCCCGACACGGGGCUGUGGGAGGAAGAAGGCGAUUUCAAAUUUGAAAGGCAAAGGAGGACCAAAAGGGAAGACAGGACCUUCCUGGUGGGUAACCUGGAGAUCCGAGAGAGGAGGCUCUUUAACCUGGAUGUCCCCGAGAGCAGGAGGUGCUUUAUCAAGGUGAGGGCCUACCGGAGUGAGAGGUUCCUGCCCAGUGAGCAAAUCCAGGGCGUCGUGGUCUCUGUGAUCAACCUGGAGCCCAGAACUGGCUUCUCGUCCAACCCUCGGGCCUGGGGCCGCUUUGACAGUGUCCUCACAGGGCCCAGUGGGGCCUGUGUGCCUGCUUUCUGUGACGACCAGGCCCCUGAUGCCUACUCCGCCUAUGUCCUGGCAACCCUGAGUGGGGAGGAGCUGGAAGCAGUGGAAUCUUCUCCGAAAUUCAACCCCAAUGCAAUUGGUGUCCCUCAGCCCUACCUCAACAAACUCAAGUACCGUCGCACAGACCACGAGGACCCCCGGGUUAAAAAGACAGCCUUCCAGAUCAGCAUGGCCAAGCCAAGGCCCAACUCAGCCGAAGAGAGCAAUGGGCCCAUCUACGCCUUUGAGAACCUUCGGGCCUGUGAGGAGGCACCUCCCAGUGCGGCCCACUUCCGGUUCUACCAAAUUGAGGGGGAUCGGUAUGAUUAUAACACAGUUCCUUUUAAUGAAGAUGACCCCAUGAGCUGGACUGAAGACUACCUGGCAUGGUGGCCCAAGCCCAUGGAGUUCAGGGCCUGCUACAUCAAAGUGAAGGUCGUGGGGCCAUUGGAGGUGAAUGUGCGAUCCCGCAACAUGGGGGGCACCCACCGGCGGACAGUGGGGAAGCUCUAUGGGAUCCGGGAUGUGAAGAGCACUCGAGACAGGGACCAGCCCAAUGUCUCAGCCGCAUGUCUCGAGUUCAAGUGCAGUGGGAUGCUUUACGACCAGGACCGUGUGGACCGCACACUGGUGAAAGUCAUUCCCCAGGGCAGCUGCCGUCGAGCCAGCGUGAACUCCAUGCUGCACGAGUAUCUGGUCAACCACCUCCCACUGGCAGUCAACAAUGACACCAGCGAGUACACCAUGCUGGCACCCCUGGACCCGCUGGGCCACAACUAUGGCAUCUACACAGUCACAGACCAGGACCCUCGCACAGCCAAGGAGAUUGCCCUUGGCCGGUGCUUUGAUGGCACCUCUGAUGGUUCCUCCAGAAUCAUGAAGAGCAAUGUGGGUGUGGCCCUCACCUUUACCUGUGCAGAGAGGCAGGUGGGCCACCAGAGUGCUUUCCAGUACCUCCAAAGCACCCCAGCCUGGGCCCCUGCUGCAGGCACCCUGCAAGGAAGAGCCCCCUCCAGGCGGCAGCAGCGGGCAAGCAGGAGUGGCCAGCGCCGGCAAGGAGGGGGCCCCUCGAUGAGACUUCCUGUGGUUGCUCAACAGCCUCUGAGUAACUGAGUCUGUGGUUCUUCACACUCCUCUGCACCUCCUGCGACAGCGUGACUGAUGCACGCGCUGUCACUCGGUUAAUUUAAACACAUCUGUUUUGGUGCAGUUUGCUUGUUUGUUUCUUCCUGUUUUUGUCCCAUGAUACCAACUGGCACACAGUCCCCAGAAUGACCAAAUAAAGCCCUUUCGUGCUUUUUGAAAAACAGAAACACAAGAAAUUGGCUACUGGUAAACUCUGCAGCUGAGUUCUUCAUUUAGUGCUACGAAUGCAAAUGUACUUCCCAUUCUUUGUGUAUGGUUUUGCCCACCUCUGUAAUAAUGAUAAUCUGAUUCUAAAGAUGAAAUAACUGAUAUAAACCAUAGUUCUUGGUCCUGCUCCUUGGGAUGUAAACAAAGCCUUAUCACAGCUGAUACAUAUAAAUGGUGGUGAAAUAAACAAUAUUUUUACUUGAAAUGUAAAUAACUUAUUUUGUUGGCUGAAAUUUGGAACCCUGGUGUACAUUUAAAGUGAGGCUAUUGAAUAUAGGGUAAUCUUUGUUUCUCUUCCAAGUCUGGAGAGAGCAUCUCCCACUAUCCACGGUUACACCAGGUUGCUAACUGUAUGAUUCCCUUUAUAUUUGCUUUUACUCUUUCUGGAAGCCCAGUGUGGCCCAGUGCGCAUGUCAAUAAAUGCACAUUCUGUACUUGGA